AUGGAAUCCAUAGAAUGUUCUGUAUGUCAUCAAAAAUUUGAUGAUACAACUCUACUUUCACUACAUCAUGAAUAUGAAAAAUGUUAUGAAACAAAUUAUAGUUGUCCAUUAUGUAAUAAAAUAUAUUAUGAUCCUCUUGUUCUUCAAAUUCAUGUUAAUGAAGAUCAUGAUCAUAUUUCUGUAAAUAGAACAACAACAACAACAACGACAACAGCAUCAGAUAGUUUAUAUGCACAAGAAUUAGAACGACGUGAACGAAUGAAAAAUCAAUAUCGACAACAAGCAACUUCAGAAAUAUCUUAUGAAUAUUUACAAGAUGAUGAAGAUACUCAAAUAGCUCGUAUGUUACAAGAAGAAGAAAAUGCUCAAUCAUUUGAAGAAUUUCAAAAUCGAUAUGGUGGAAGUACAAGAACAUUUGCUGAACGAGCUCGAUGGAAUUUAGAUAAUAUUUAUAAAAAAAAAUUUGUCUCACAAAAACAAUAUGAAGAAUAUAAGGAUAAAUUAGAUGAAAUGAUUGCAAAUCCAAUAGAAAGAUUUGAAUCAAGAUCAACAGGAAUUAUUCCAAUACUUUUACGUUUACCAAUGGGUAAUCUUAUGGAUCGUUGUUUAUGUCGACCAGGUUGUGAUCAUGUAAGUGCAACAUGGCUUGAUCAAGGUUGGGCAUGUGGUUAUAAAAAUUUUCAAAUGUUACUUUCAUCACUACGUCAUGAUCCUCAAUAUUCAAUGCAUUUAUUUGGUCAUGAAGCAGUGAAUCAAACAAAUCGUGAUAUACCAUCUGUUAGUUAUUUACAAAAAUUAAUUGAAACAGCUUGGACAGCUGGAUUUGAUAGUGAGGGUCGAGAACAAUUCAAUAAACAUUUAAUUAAUUCAAGUAAAUGGAUUGGACCAACAGAAAUAAUGGCUUGUCUUGCAAAUUUAAAUAUAAAAACAGAAUUAUUUGACUUUCAUCAACCAAAAACUAUUAAUAAAUCAAAUGCUUAUAAAUAUUUAUUUGAAUGGAUUAGACAAUAUUUUCAACAACAGCAAGAAAAUAGAAAUAAUAUUAUUCAUCCACUAUAUUUACAACAUGAAGGUCAUAGUCGAACAAUUGUUGGUUAUGAACAAUUUCAUAAUGGAAACAUUCGUCUUCUAAUAUUCGAUCCAAGUACAUCAAAAUUUAAUAUAGAAAAAUUCUUUAAAAAUCCUUUUGGAGAAGCACAUAUUUUUCGACGAAGUUUGCAAUCAUUUCAAAAACCAGUUUAUCAAAUACUUGUUGUACGAGGAUUACUUACACCAGAUGAAAGAGAAGCUGCUAAAAGAGUUCGUUCUACUAAAGUACCGAUGCCUACUGCAUGA